AUGCAUGAGCAGAAACACGGGAGGAACAGAGGUAACGUGACUGAAUUCCUUCUGUUUGGGUUGAUGCAGGAUCCAAGAAAGCAGAAAGCAGUAUUUGGGGUCUUUUUGAUUCUCUACCUCAUGACACUGUUGGGGAACUUUCUCAUUGUAGUGACCAUUAAAACAAGCAGCACCCUUGAGAACCCCAUGUACUUCUUCCUAUUCUAUCUGUCUUUUGCUGAUGCUUGCUUCUCUACAACCACUGCCCCAAGACUGAUUGUGGAUGCCCUUUCUGUGAAGAAGACCAUUUCCUAUAAUGAGUGCAUGACUCAGGUCUUUGCAGCCCAUUUCUUUGGCUGUAUGGAGAUAUUUGUUCUCAUCCUCAUGGCGUUUGAUCGCUAUGUAGCCAUUUGUAAGCCCUUGCAAUAUACAGCCAUUAUGAGCCGGCAAGUCUGUGGUGUGUUGGUGAUUCUGGCCUGGGUGGGAUCUUGCAUCCACUCUUCAGCACAGAUUUUCUUGGCAUUGAGAUUGCCCUUCUGUGGCCCCAAUGUGAUCGACCACUAUUUCUGUGACUUGCAGCCCUUGUUGAAACUUGCCUGCAUGGACACUUAUGUGAUAAAUUUGCUAGUUGUUACUAAUAGUGGAGUCAUAUGCAUGGUGAGUUUCAUAAUUCUGCUUAUCUCUUAUGUUGUCAUUUUGUACUCUCUGAGGAACCAUAGUGCAGAAGGAAGACGAAAAGCCCUUUCCACAUGCACUUCCCACUUUAUUGUGGUUGUCAUAUUUUUUGGUCCAUGUAUAUUCAUAUACACACGCCCACCAACAACAUUUCCAAUAGACAAGAUGGUUGCUGUGUUUUAUACAAUUGGGACACCCUUGCUCAACCCUCUGAUUUAUACACUGAGGAAUGCAGAAGUGAAAAAUGCCAUGAGAAAGUUAUGGUGUAGCAAAGUAUGA